GUUGCCAUUGCGUGGUGAUCGUAAUGGUGCUAAAUACCAGCUAGAGGUUGACAACUAUACUCCAUUCGGGGAAGUUGGUAAUUUUGUUGAGUCGCUUAAUUUUGGAGUUCGAGCGGGCGACAAAGUCUUAGAAGACCAUUUAACAAAUUGUGGUAAAAAUAGUAGUUAUAUCUCUAAGACUAGCCAAAACAAAAUUAUUGAGUGUUGUG